GCGGGCUGAUCUCCCGUCGUUGGCUUCCAGGGCCUUGCACAUGGCCCGCCACUAUGGCCAGUGCUAUUGGGAGCUCUCCAAAGCUCGCCUCAGCAUGCUAGUCGUUGCAACUUCUGGAACUGGGUUUAUUCUUGGAAGUGGCCAUGCCAUUGAUUUUGCUGGACUUUGUUGCACAUGUGUGGGUACCAUGAUGGUUGCAGAAUCUGCUAAUUCCUUAAAUCAGGUGUUUGAGAAGCAAAAUGAUGCCAAAAUGAACAGAACAAAAAACAGACCACUACCUUCAGGACGCAUUACGAUCCCUCAUGCAGUCACCUGGGCAUCCGCUGCCGGUUUAGCUGGCACUGCUUUGUUAGCAAGCAAGGCUAAUAUGUUGGCAGCUGGUCUUGGAGCUUCCAAUCUAAUACUUUAUGUGUUUGUCUACACUCCAUUGAAGCAGAUUCACCCAGUGAACACAUGGGUUGGUGCUGUUGUUGGUGCUAUCCCUCCACUUCUAGGUUGGGCUGCACCUUCCGGCCAGGUUUCCCUCAAUGCAAUGCUACUCCCAGCUCUCUACUUUUGGCAAAUACCUCAUUUUAUGGCCCUAGCAUACUUGUGCCGUAAUGACUAUGCCACAGGAGGCAUGUUCUUCCUUGCUGAUGCUUCUGGUCAGAGAACAGCCUCGGUAGCUUUAAGGAAUUGCAUAUACAUGAUCCCUUUGGGGUUCUUGGCCUAUGACUGGGGUAUGACGUCUGGAUGGUUUUGUGUUGAAUCUACUCUUCCUACUCUCGCGAUAGCUGCAACAUCAUUUUCGUUCUAUCGAGACCGUACUACACAUAAGGCAAGGAAGAUGUUUCAUGCCAGCCUUCUUUACCUUCCUGUAUUUAUGUCGGGGAUUAUGUUCCACCGCAUCGUUGAUAAUCAACAAAGCCUUUCUGAAGAGAAUUUAGAGAGUAUUGUUGAGCUUUCGUUGUCCUCACAAGAUGGCAAUGUCAAACGGAAGAGUAGGUUGAGGAAUUCCACAGAUGGCUCACAAGUUCGCCCACCUGUAUCAUACGCCUCUAUUGCACCGUUUCCGUUCCUCCCAGUUCCUUCGUAUGCCGAUCCAUGAUAUGUUUCUGGGUCCCUUGUUUUGUACAAUGAAACGUCGAAAGCUGCCCAAUAAAGUAUUUUUGUUCAAAGA